AUGGUGAAGGUUGGAGACAAGGUUCCCAGUGCCACCGUGAAGACCCUGGACUUUGAGGAUGUGGUGCUGUUUGCAGUGCCCGGUGCCUUCACGCCGACAUGCAGCAAGGACCACGCCCCUGGGUUCAUCAAGAACGCAAAGGAGCUCAAGGCCAAGGGCGUCGACCUCAUUGCGUGCGUCAGCGUCAACGACAGCUUCGUGAUGAAGGCCUGGGCCGACAGCUUGGGGGCCGGCGACGAGCUCGUUUUCCUGUCAGACGGCAACGGGGACUUCACGAAGGCCAUGGACCUGGAGAUGGACGGCCGCGGCUUCGGCCUGGGCAGCCGCAGCCAGCGCUACGCGGCGCUCUUUGAGGACGGCGUCAUCAAGGCCCUCAACCUGGAGGGCGGCGGCGGCCUCACCUGCAGCCGCGCGGAGAAGGUGCUGGAGCUGCUGUGA